CCUUUCUUGCUUCCAUCAUCUCUGUUCUAGAAUCUGCUUGCAGCUGUGUAGAUAGAAUAAGGGGACUCUUUCUUUGGAAUCCAGAAUCCCUGACUCUUAGAUAAAAGGAUUAUGGGGCGCUUAUCCAUCUCAACUAUGUAAUGAAACGACAGGCUUUUAAGAUAGCUGCUCUUUCCAAGCACCUACCACGCCGCCGAGAAGAUGCAGAAAAUGAAGAUCUGAUAAGAGGCUUUUCUAAAGGAACUCAUCUAGAAAGCACCGAGCUAGAAUCUCACCCUCACCCUCCGCCUGCUUCUGAAGCAGAGGUCUUGCCCCUGUGCUUUGCUGAGUUCAAUGGAACAGAGGCUGCCCUGACUUCAUGUUUUACAAGGAAAGACCCUCAGAGACCAACUCCAAUGUCGACAGCUCAGCGCAGCCUUCAGUGGCCCAGCUGGCUGGGCGCUUUCGGGAGCAUGCAGCUGUGGCCAGGGAGACACCAGCCAGUAAGCCAACAAGAAGGAAACCGCCCUGCUCCCUCCCCCUGUUUCCCCCCAAGGUAGAGCUGGGCCAGAAUGGUGAGAAAUCACCAUCCAGUGCCAGCCACCCACCUAAAAUCAAGGUGAAGAGCUCCCCCCUGAUCGAGAAGCUUCAGGCCAACUUAGCCUUUGACCCGGCAGCUCUUCUACCUGGGGCUUCACCCAAAAGUCCCGGACUCAAGGCCAUCGUAUCACCAUUUCACAGUCCCCCUUCCACACCCAGUAGCCCCGGUAUCCGAUCCCACCCAGGUGAGGCAGAAGUGGUGCCUGUGAGCUUUGACCAGCCUCCGGAAGGGACUCACCUACCCUCUUACAAUAAGGUGCGGACUAGAGGCUCAAUCAAAAGACGUCCUCCCUCGCGGCGAUUCCGAAGGUCUCAGUCGGACUGUGGGGAUUUUAGAGAUUACAGGGCUGUGGAGCCAUCUCAGGAAAACGGUGCCAGGGAAGAGAAUGGGGAUGAUGUGUUUCCUAGCAAGAGCAAGGACCCCGGGUCCCCCCAACCCAACCAGGAGGCUGUGGCAGACGGGGUGGAGGGAACCCCGCCGUCUGCAGAAAAGCCACGAAGGAGGAACACGUGUAACAGCACAGAGAAGCCAGAGGAGUUGGUCGGGACCCCAGAGGAGGCGAAUGCUGGAGAGAAGGCCAGACAGAAUCCAGACACAGCUAGUCAGGGUCAUCCAGAGGUCCAGGCGCCAGCGCAAACCGGCAGCCCGGAGGCUGAGAAUGGGUGCGGAAGCCCACGGGAAGAGACAGCCCCGGGAGAGCUUACAGACACUGGGAAGGCCACUGAAGGGACGGCCUCUGAGGAGAGGGUAGCAGAUGAAGAAGAUAGGCUCGGACAGAAAAACCCAGACGCAAAUAUGCCCGAGGAGGAGGGAGUGGUCAGGGAGAAAGCCCCACAAACCUCUUCUGGAAACGCAGAGGGUACUACUGUCGCGGAGCCGGAUACGAAGCAAAAGGAGGAGGCGCCUCUGGAGCCAAGCUGUAGCCCAGGGGCCGACCAUGCUGCAGGAGAGACCACCAGUGAGAUCCAGAAUGAGAAAGCAGUCUCCAUGGAUGACAUCCCCAUCGAGGAUACCCGAAUGUGAUGAAGGGCUCAGGGUAACAGUGAUGGGGCCACUGGAAACAUCUCCUUGGAAACAGCAGCAGUAAUAGCAGCAGCAGCAGCAGCAGUGCGUGAAGCCACUGCAGAAGCAGAAUACACCGAGCAUCUGGAGACAGCCCAGGAUGCAGGGUGGUUUGUCCCCUGUAGGCUACGCCAACCGUCUCCUCACUGGAGAUGAGAGCGGAGGACAGUAGAGUUUUAUCAACUUGAGUUUGUGUCACCUGACGCAUGACUCAAAGUUAAAUAUAUUUAAAGCAAUUUGGUGUGGUGUCUGCUCCACGGCCUUCCUGUUGACCCCCAUGUCUUCCUACAGCCGACCUCCCAAUUAGGCUCUUGUUGAACUUGUGUAGAGUUACAGCCUUUUUCUAUCGUUCUAACGUUUUUUAUGGUUCUCAGAUGUAACUUAAAGCUAAUUCUCGGUAGAUAAAGAAGGUAGUCUGGUGGCGAAUAAAAUCCCCUAAGUUACAGAGACCUGAAAGCAUGCCAAAGCCCCACCCCGACGACCGUUCUGCUUGCUCCAAAUGGGAAUCAGCUGACCAGUUUCAAAGACUCAAAGAGAUAUUUAUUAAAACAUUUGAAAUCGUGUUCCUGCCUGCUCCAAGGGCAGGAACUUCCCCUGUCCCACACAGCCUGGCUGAUGAGAAUGAGGGGAGGUGAUUGAUCCAUCUCAUCCCAUCCCAAGGAGAGGCAGGAUAUCAGACAUGGUGACUUGUGCUUCAUAACCCCAACCCCCAAGGUGCCACCAUAUGCCUGCCUUGCUCCAAGCAUGGGUUGUUCUCUCCUGGAAGGUUACACUUGAACAGGAAACUGGCUGGCCUCUGGGAGGGGCGCUCAGUGUCCGAAGUACAGCUUACCUUCUGUUGGGAGGGGCGCUCAGUGUCCCUCUUAGCUUCUCUAUGAAGCUUUUGUUUGUUUGCUUUUGUUUUUUUGUUUUUGUUUUAAAUCUCACCAUGUAGACUUCUAUGUAGCCCAGGCUGGUUUUGAACUAGUGAUCCCCCUGACUCUGCCUCUGGAUUGUGGGUAUGCAUCAUUGUGCCUGGCUCUCAGUAAGCAUUCUCAAAUCCAAGUUCAAGUUCUUUUCCUAGACUCAUGAGGCAUGGGUUAGGGUCUUCAGCCUGUCUUCCUCAGGAACUCCUGCUUAGUAUCCUGUCCGGGAAUAAAACAGGGUUUGCAGGCAUGGGGGUUGGUCUGAUAUCCAUUCCUCUGAUCACCCCCUCCCCCCAAUGAACUCCUGCUGAAGAAAUGUUAACGUAAAUAAAUGAUGAAUCUUCCGCGUUGGUUCUUAUUCUGAAUUCAGUAGCUCUGAGUCUCAGGGCGCGCAGAUCUGUAUUCUAAAAGGGAUGGUUUUCCUAUUAGUUCAUUAGAUCACACCAACUCUGCCUUCAGAAAACACUCUCACAGACAAAAGGGCCAAUGUCACAGGUGGUACCACAAUUUCUCAUCCGAGUUACAGGUUUUCUGAUUCCAAGAUAGUUUUAAUAUGUGAGACAUGCUA